UCGAACCUGUAUGGGGGACACUGUGUGAAAACGUGUUCGUCAGGUGACCAAAUGAUCGAGUCGGAGCCCCUUCUCUUCAUGGAUGUGCAAAAUCCGCUAUCUCCCAGAGCUAACGCCUUCAGUAUCGCAUCGUUGAUGUCAGGCCCUGGUAUCGAGACAAUAUUCGGAGGGUUGGGCAUACCCCCUCUAGUCCCGCCGCAGAGGAGUACGGAUUGUUUCUUUGACUGGAAUCAGGGAGCAGGUUAUCCAACUAUGAAGUCUAUGGAAGCAUGUUUAAUGAACUCCGCUUCGGGGCGGUCGUUUUUCGAGUCUAACCGGUUCGACGCCCUGCAGGACAGCACGUGCAGGAAUUCUGUGACAGGGGACGCGUCGGAUCUACCCAAGGACCAGGACAACUCCAGCUCGGGGGACUGUGACAAGUCCACGAGCCCGAGCAGCCUCAAGUCGGACACGCCCCAGAAACAGCUCCACCCUAAACUGAUCAACGUUUCCGCCCAGCUGGAGAUGAAGUCCCUGUGGGACGAGUUUGAUGAGCUGGGGACGGAGAUGAUCGUAACGAAGGCUGGGAGACGAAUGUUUCCAACUUUCCAAGUGCGCAUGUUCGGCAUGGACCCGCUCUCUGACUUCAUGGUGAUGAUGGACUUUGUUCCCUGUGACGACAAGCGCUACCGGUACUCAUUUCACAGCUCCAGCUGGGUGGUGGCGGGCAAGGCGGACCCGAAUAUGCCGGGGCGUAUCCACGUCCACCCGGACUCCCCGGGCAAAGGAUCACAGUGGAUGAAGCAGAUCGUGUCCUUCGACAAACUGAAGCUCACUAAUAACCUGCUCGACGACAAUGGACAUCUGAUAUUGAAUUCCAUGCACAAGUACCAGCCUCGUUUCCAUGUGGUGUAUGUCGGGCCUAAAGGCGAAGAUACGUCGUCAACAGAAAACUUCAAGACUUUCAUAUUUCCGGAAACCAAGUUCAUGGCUGUUACAGCCUAUCAGAACCAUCGGAUAACACAGCUAAAGAUAGCGAGCAACCCAUUCGCCAAAGGUUUCAGGGACUGUGACCCCAACGACUGUAUGAGCGAAGUUUUGUCUCACUUUAACCCUUGCACCAUCAGGUCAAGGGCACAACAAAGACCCGGAUCUAUUUCACUACUCGGUGGAACAAGGAAACUACAAGAUGACAAAGGCGAAUGUUCGUCACAUGACAUGACUACCUCACCGUCACCGUCCGUCCUGACUGCAGCGCUCCCUGGCGGCCUGCACUACAGCCGUCCUGCGCAGAUGUACACGGAGUGCUACACUUACGCCCCCUACACGUCAGACUCUUACAUGGCGGCCAGCAAGGCCCGACCUAACCCAUAUACUCGAAACAUGGAGUACCCCUCAUACACGCCUCGAGUUAAAGGAUUCUAUCCCAGUACAAACAAUUUUGGAUAUGGUUUCGAAAACAGGUGACAAAUAAGUGGAACACCGUGGCUGUAGAUUAAAAACCCAUGUAGGAUCUCAAAAAGGAGGACAAAUUAGACUGCCAUACAGAUUUGCCGGAGUUCUGUUACUGUUAGAAUUCUUUGACAAUUUCCUGUGUGAUUCACAGCGAGCGUUGGGAUCAUGUGAACAUUUUGAAUCCUGUGAACGCUUUAUUAAUAUAUACUGUGAACAUGUGGAUCAUUUGACCAUUGAUGUCUUGUGGAUACUGGUUUUUGACUUCCUUGAUCUUGGAUAGGUAAUGACAUCUAUUGAUGCCCUCAAAACAUUCGAUUCACUGAUAUCCUGAGAACAGUGAUAGCCUGUAAUGGAAUUCCGUUGAUAUGUGGCAUCCUGUGAACACUGAAGUUCUUCAACCAUCUAUAUGUGAACAUUGAGAGCAUAAGAUGGAAUUAUUUGGUCACAGAUAUCUUUUGUAGAUUGGAAUCAUCUUUUUUUAUUGUCAUCCUAUGAACAUUGGCCAUGGAUAAGUGAACACUUAGUAUGUGAUGGAAUCAUUUGGUCACGGGCAUCAUGUGAGUUCUUUACACAUGAUAUAUCCCGUGAACGUCUGAAAUCUUGUGAUCAUAAAACUAAUGUUUGUGUUGCUAUUCUGCUGUCGUGUGAAUCAAAUAGAUGCGUCGUGAGAACUGGCUGAACGUGUGAAGUACACUACACGUGUCACCAAAUGUAUAUUGAUGUCAUAAGAACUGGUUGAACGUGUGAAGUACACUACACGUGUCACCAAAUGUAUGUUGAUGUCAUAAGAACUGGUUGAACGUGUGAAGUACCAUACACGUAUUACCAAAUGUACAUUGGUAAAUCAGCCGUAUGUUGUGGUUUGUCUCUUUUAACCUGUUUUUACAAAUGCAUUUACCCAGACAGUCUGGGUACAUAUUAUUCAAUGUUGUUAAACUGAACAAAUGACAGGGUGUUAAAGGUACUAUGUCAAAGCUGCAAUAAUGGUGGUUUCCGUCAAAAAAAUAUUAUAUUUAUUAAUUUUUGCUUUGAGACAUAAAGUUUAUACCCUAAGCUAUAUGCCUAUAAAAAAUUACAACCAAAUAAUUCUGUUUACUAGUAGAAAAAAAGUAUUUUAGCGGGGAAUCUUGAGAGUGUGACACACGCAUUAACAACUGACAUCACUGUUUUAUGUGUACACAUUCAACACACUGAGGUUGUUUCCAUAAUUCUUUGCAGACAACUGACAAAGAAGAUAGAUAUAGCUGCAAAUUAUUCGGAAAACCCCUCUUGUCGUCCAGUAUAAGACUUUUAAGUUAUUAUUCUUGAGUUAAUUACGUAAUAAAUAAAAUUAAAAUAUCUGUUGUCGAGUUAAUUAUGGAAAGAGCAUUCGUGGAAUCGAUCAGUUGAGUUAAUUAUGGAAUGAGGAUGCGUGGAAUCGAUCAAUUUGUAGUUAUUUAUUACAAAUAAAUGUGAAAAUAACAAAAUAUUGUAGUUUCAACUUUGACAUAGGACCUUUAAUGAACAGUAUAAUCACCAAAGUGAUAUCUCUAGACUCCAUUUUAUACCAACACUGACAUACUGUGGAAUCAACUAUUGUUCGUGAUAGUGACGCUAAUUUUUGUUUUAAUUCGUGGACUAGUGCAGUCGACGAAUUUACGAAUACAACGAAAAUAGAAUACUUGUAUACAUAUAGUACGAAUUUAUGAUAUUAUCUUUAUUACCUAGGAAUUUAAGUACUCGACGAAAUGAGUAUUUAGGCAAAAUCAUGAAAAUGUAAGACCACGAAAAUAAAGAAUGUCACAGUAGUUGAAGACCCAGAUUGAGACUAUAGGUCCAUGUUCGGUUAUCUGGCAGGGUUUUUUUUCUGUCCAUGAUAAAGACCUUUUUAUGAAACAUUUUUUUAUUUAUGUAUCGCUCUUUUUUUUAAAUGUUUGUAUGUCUUAUAUUCGUUUUUUAUUUAUUAUUACGAGUUAUAAAUCGUCAAAAAAUAUUAAUAGUAUGUCAGUGUAGUGAAUGAUUACAGAACAAAAUUUAAAUACUGGUAUGUGAAAUUUUAUUUUAAAAAUCUUUGUCAUUCUUUAGGACUAAGUUUAAUAUUCUAUAUAUUAUUCAAAGCUCAUAUUUGUUUGUGAUUAAAUAUUAUACUGUGUAUAUUGAAGUGUUUUUUAAUUAUUAUUUUGUUUAUUAAAACAUUUUUGACAAAACUUUAUAAAACACAGAUGAAUAUAAAUGCAAAUACUAUGAUAAAAAGAUGCACUUAAUGUUGUCACCUUUCUAUGAAUUAUAUUUAUUGAAACAAGUGGGGGAGGGUUAACUAAAACUUGUAACUGUUGUUUCUUUUUUGUAAUAUGAUAUGCAGGAUCUUCUGAAAUCCCCAAACAAAUAUUUUACCAACACUGUGCAUUCUACUUAAUAAAUUAUUAAUACAUUG